GCCCGGCUACUCUAAACGGCCGGCACGCUUUUCACGGCCCGCGGAAGCUGUCAAACUCGCGGAACGCGCUUCCGGAAGCGCGGACCAGUUCGGAAACACCGAUUCGAUGCACCCGAUUGCUCGUAAUUGUUCGAAACCUCGAAUGUGAUACACGCCGGGCCGUGGCGUCGCGACGUCGUCGCGCCGAGACGCACAUCUGGCGAAGAAGCGCAUCUCGGACGUUACGUAACGAGAAAGAGAAAGACGUCGAAAACGAAGGCUGAACUGUGACGAGGAAUUUGCGAAGCUCGGGCGAAGUGCGCGGCAAAUUCGCGCGAAGAAACAUGAGGAUACGAAAACUUGUGAGAAAUCCAGACAGUGCGAAUUUUUGUCGUGAUAAAUGAAAAAUAUGAUCGAACUUGGCGAUCUACACCGUGACUGUCAGUAGUGGUAUUCUGUGCUAAAUCGACAUUUGCAGAUAUUCUACUUAAAAUUAAGAAGUUAAUUAAAAUUGCGAAAAUUUUUUUAAUUAAAAAGAUAUAUCGCAAUUAAACUUAUAAUUAACUUAAUUAUUUUACAACAUCAGUCUACUGCCACUUCUUCGAGCGACGUCGAAAAACAAAACAUCAUUCACAGAGUACGUGACAUCGCAGCUGUUCAUGGGAAGUACGUUGUCAUGGAAAGCACUCGGUCUGAUGGAGGGGAAAAGAGCAACGAAUGUUGUUGCACGAUGUCGAUGCAGUUAACUGACAGGACAGUCGGGAAAAUAAGGACAGGGCUACUCUCUUCUCGAGAAGAGGCCGUUUCCAUUCGCGAGUCUUUCCUAGAAUAAAGCCCCGUGAGAGGGAUGAGGUUCAAACGCACCGUUAGCCAGCAACGGCUAUUUGUUGAUGAAACACUGAUGGAUUAUUUAAUGACUCCGAUUGACGAAAUGACCCCCGUCACUCGGGCGCGCGUGACUCCAUCAGAGAGACGGUACGCAUACGUAGGUAAUGCGAAUUCGCUGUUGAUCUGACGAGAUCACGGUGGGCCGCGGAACCCGGGGGGUCAGUCCCCCUCGGAAAGGUUAUCACAUGAGUGAGACUCCGUGGCGCGCGCAGAAAUGGAAGGAGCGGGACAUGGGCACGAUGCAUCAGAGGAGAGACACGGGCAGGCAGAUGAGGCGCGAUGGAAAGGAGAGCUUGUACUCCUCGUCGCGGAAUUCUUCUGGCCAAAACGACAUCAAAAAAUUGCGCAGGGAGAACGAGCAGCUGCGUCGGGAAAUAUGGAGUCUCAGGGACGAGUACGACAAACUUGAGGAUAUUUUGAAAAAACAGAAGAACCACGGCGACAGCGAAGAGUACGAGGAUCGCUCCGAGGAGGAUGACGGCCUGCAGUCGGACUUCUCUUGCGAGGAGGACGAGGAGGAGUACGAAGAUAACGAGAAGACGGUCAAGGACUUCAACCAAGAGGAACAGCUAGAGAACGCGGAGAAUCAGAAGAUCUCUUCCGAAAAGAUGAGCAGCAAUAUGCAUCGGCUUCACGUGGAGUUCGACGAUCUGUCGGUUGUCGACGAGGAGGAGGAGCUGAGGAGAGAUAAGGAGAAGACGGAGGCCACACCGGAGGAGGGCCAGGGAAACGAGGCUGUCGGGCAUCCACCCCCGCCGGUCCUCGGUCCCCGGCAGCUUCACGACAACAUCCCGUUUUAUCCGGCCACGUACGAGCCGACGAGUGCUUUCAGCGGAACCAGUUAUUACACCGAAUGCCCGUUCGAGUUUCCGAGUACGGUGGGUUUAAUGCUGUCCACGGAUACGUCCGCAUUAUUGGCUUCACCGUAUGCCGGAUUACAGUCUGAUCCAUUGAUUCCGCUGGCCAACUUAGACGUCGGGGAUCUGGAAGUGGCCGAUCCGAUGCUACCUCAAAUUCACGUCCCGCCCAUCGGUUGGCAAAACGACACGGUCUCUCAAAAACAAGUGCCCACUUAUACGGGUAGCGUCGCUCCCGUCGUGUCAACGACAGGAAAGCCGGACUCGCACCCGAUAAUAGCUUCCUCAUUGGAAAGCUCGGUGCCGUCGUCGAAUACUUUCAGCUUCUUGAGAAGAAGGAACACAAGUACGAGGCAACCCGCGAAGCUCCACGAGACAUCAACUAUUCAAAAUUCACGAACGCAGACUUCAAAUUCGGAAGAAGCAGUCGGCAGAAACGUCUGGGCCGUGAACUCUCCUGGAUCUGCUGUGGCAAAUGGAGAAAAGGAUAUGCAGCGAAUUGAAAAUGCCGAGGAGACCACGACGAUGUUUACGGCGCCGGAAAAGCCUAAACGCUUCUUCGCGCUGCAGCCUUUCAAAUUGAAGAAACAAGAAUCGCCGACCGCCAGUAUGAGUCAUUUUGGAACCGGAACUAGCUCGAGCAGCGGCAAAACGGCCUCCACGGUGAUUUCGAGGACUAACCCUUUCGUAGGGUUAAAAGGUUCAGCGGACAUUUACAUAAACGGCGCGAUACCUUGUGAAGACGCCGCGAGUGAUCCGAAGGCAUUUUUGAGUACAGAUAAUCUACUGACCACGGAUAGUAAAAGUACUUUAAGUAGUCAAUUGAUGAAAUCGGUCUCCUGCCAAGAUCUCUCGAGUGAUUCUCAGAGUGUCACGCAACAAUUAAAACUGAAUCACGUCGAGUCUCAGCCGCUCACGAAGAGCGACAAUACUCUAGACAAUAUAAGCGGUUCCUCUAGUAAACCGUACAAGAGUCAUCUAAACGUGACGUUAAAGGUACCGCGUGCCGAGCAGGCACCGAGUCCAGAAACUCCAACGCCAGAGGUGCCCAACCUACCCUCGAUAGAUUACCAUCUCUUCAGCAGUCCUUUUCUACGAAACUUCGACAAGAUCUGCUCCAAUUAUCAAGUAAAAUCAAACCCUCCUCCCGCCACGACGCCACUGUCUGUUCACGUGAACGACGACGGCCUCGCUUAUCCGUAUCCUAUGUCGGGUUACGGCCAAGGCGUUCACCUCGACGAGAAGUUACGAGCUGCGCACUUGCCGGAUCAGAGUCGACUGCUGAUACCCAGCGACCAACUGAUGAGCGGCAAGCAGGAUAUUCAAGUGACUUCCUUCGAGAAACCGAGUCCCUGCACCUUGACACCCUCCGCCACGCCUUACGAUCUGACGAGCCUGAGAAGAUUAAACGCAAAUCGAUAUCUUCAGAGCCAGAGUCUGUACCAGAACGUUCCCUUCGUGUCGCGAGGACCCGGUCAAUUUUACUCGCCGAGAUGCGGAAUGAUGUAUUACGAUAAUGUCACAAAGGUACCGGCGCAAACGCAGACGUCAAUUGACGGCGACUCGCAUCACGAGGACGAAGAGGCAAUCAGCGCGGCGAAUUCGCCGAACGGGCAGAGACGGAAAAAGAUCGUGAAGAAAGACAAAACUCUGAUUAAGGACCAAACACCACUAUCGCCGGCAGCACAAAGAAAACUGAAGAAACAGAUUAGCGCCAUAUCGACAGAUAUGCUCGAGUCGACCGCAAAAAUGACGCGGAAGAAACCGAGGAGAUUGAGCACGAUGCCGCCUGACGUGCAGGAGAACAAGAACGAAAGCAGAUCGUCGUCCUCGGGACAGGACUCGCCGCGUAAGGAUCAAAACCGAAGGAUGUCCGUCUACAUUAAUUCUAAAAGACGACCGUCUCAAAUAUCGUUAAAAAGGUCGAGGAGUGGCAGUGUCGAUGCCAAAGACAAGUUCGCGGAUGUUACCGCGCCGAAUUUGGAACGCGAGAGAACGAACUCGAUCAGUAGCCGGGAAAUCACCAACGUGAAAACCCGCAAGACUAGUACCAGUAGUGGUAAUGUGCCAUGGUGCGCGUGUUGGGGAAACGGUUGCAUUUAAUCAAAGUUGCAUAUUUAAUCCCAUUCAGGGAUGUAACUAGAAAAGCCGGGAGGAUGCAAAAAGUGAACCGUUAACAAAUUGUAAUGUCGAAGUAUUAGACAUCAAUAGCGAGUAAUCAAUUAAUGCAUUAAUUACUAUAUAAGCAAUAUUAAUUAUUUUUGUAACGUUUUAUUUGUGCACUUAAUCUCUACACUUCAAAAA